AUGUCAACUACUCAAGCAAAUGUUCAAGGAGAUACGGAGAUGGGCGAUGGCCCAGUGCUCUCCGACAAAGAAAUGAAGGCCCAAGAUGAAGCCAACCACGAGAAAUUCGAUGAGCGCUAUGAAUUGUAUAGCUAUGUGCUACCAAAUGGAGACAAGACACCCGAAUGGCAACAAUCUGCUGAGAAUGCCAUCAAAGUUGAAAUAAGCAAGGACUUUUUGAUUUAUGAGAAAGAAAUUGUACUCCUUCUACAAUGGAUUAAAAAGAACGAUACAACCGGAGAUGAAAGUCAGAUGAAAGAAAGGGCUCUGCUUCUAGCGAAGAGCUCAGUCAUCUACGGCGUAGACAUCUCAAAACAUUCCACUCACAACGACCCGUUGAAAUCCUUGGAAGAUGAAUUGGAGACUCAAGCAACCGAACAAGAGUCAUAUGAACUUGGUGAUCGACCAAGCGGAAUUUCUGAUCAAGCUUGGUCGGAAAGGCGACAAAAGAUGAUCAAACAACAAGAUGAAGAUGACUCCGAAGAAGCGCAAGCUGCAGAAAAAAAGCGAGAAGCGCAUAUAAAUAAAGGAAUAAAGGAGGCGGAUCCACUUGAGAAAUUCAAGAGUAUGGAUUCUGUGGUUCAAGCCGUUCGUGAAGACAUACCGAAAAACGUACUUCCUCUUCACAAGACCAUGUGCGUGCUCAUACUUCACUGGUGGGAGAGCGGCCUGACGAAGGAAGACUCAAUAAGAUUCAAUGCCAUCAACUCUAGACUCGAUACCAUAGAGGACGGACAGUCCUACAAGGUAGCACCUACAGAGAUUGAUUUGUGGUUAAAUAAUCUGCGCACAUGCAUCACCGAGUGUGAGGAGGCUCCCAACGAAGAUCGACUUUCCAGGUUGGUGGGAACUGCAAUUACCUUGACGAACAGACUUAGAAAGGCCGGUCUAGACUGGAAAAUGGUCAUUGGAAAAGACACCCAUCGUCGAGUCCUUCGCUGCCUACGAGAUUCUUCAUCAACAGAGGUUCAGAAACAGCUGGCGCUGUUCGAAGCAUCCUAUCUUUACGUCAGAAAGAAGCAGCUUGAAUAUCUUGAUGGGUGCAUUGAUAUGGUCUUACCAUUUAUGCUCACAGAAGAUGGAAAAAUUCGUGAAGCAACUCUACCGCUAUGUAUCGAGCAGAUAAAAUGCCUCAACACCAAACUCGGGGAGCGCAAUAUACAGAUAGGGCUCCGAAGGUCUGAUCACAAUAUUCCCAUAAAUGACUUGGAAGCUGCAGUUCGAUGUGCCCGAGUUGGUCGUCCCAUGGAGGCCAUGGAGCACAUCGCAAAUCUCCAUUACAAAAUGAACCUUCUCAACAUUCCGGGGUUGGAAAGCCUGGAACAAGUUUGCAAGGGUAUUAAUGUGGAUACUCAAGCUGCACAGGACGAAGUGAUGGAUCUCCCAAAAGGUCUGGAGCCCUCCCAGUUCGUCGAGGAUGUGCCGCUUCUUAAGCGAUUUAGUCGCACUUAUGCUUACGAAGGGGUCGAGAUGAAAACUGUCGGAUGGGGAGACCACAAUGGCAGGUUCUUCAUCAAUCAAUACGGACCCCGUGAUGCACCUAUAUGGCGUAAAGAGCGCCAUCCAAGCUCAGAGUGGGCGACGAAUUAUGGAGAUGGAGACCCGCCGGAUGAUUGUAAGAUCACCUCCACUGCCCGACGCUUUGGAGACAUGAGGCAUACUACAACUGGUAAGAAAAUAUAUGGUCCGAAACACGUCGGAGGUGUAUACGGAGUAGCAUUCGAACCGACCGAUGAUUCACUCAGCAUUCUUGAUCCCGAUCGCUGUGAUUCUAGCAAUGGUUCAAACAAUGGAUCAACAUCACAAAGAAUUCCAAGCGUGUAUGUACUCAUAGGCUGGGAUCUAGAUCUAACAGGAAAAGAUCUCGAAAAGCGUUGGGAACCCCGGUCAGCGCUUAGAGAGAGAUGGGGAAAGAAGGAUGCGGAUAUAUCGAUUUUCGAAGCGGCUACUGAUUCUCAGAAGGCGUUUAAGCAAUGGAAAAACGGUUGUCUUAAAUCAAGGGAUGAAACAUCAGAAGUAAUAGGGCAUAAUUCAUCUCGUAGUCAGGCUUCUACCGGUCGGGUGAUGAGAUCAACUGACGAAGAAGAGAAGCCGCCGCGGGGAUCCGUUACUCCAGCAGUUGCUGAUAACAAUCAUCAUCUACCCAUUAGACGAAGAAGGCACUAA